AUGGAUAUUUCCAAGUCAUGGAGCAAGUGGCAGGGUUUGGCUGCACUAGCUGUUUAUUCGGUUACCAUCAUCGCCCUCGACCGUGUCUACGUCGAAGGCAGUACGUGGAAGUCCGCCGUGGCUUGGUGGAAGAGGUAUCUAAAGCGCAGACGGGAUGAUCCUUGGAUGAACGCCAACACGAGCAACGAGAUCAUCUUCAAUAUGAUGGCCAAGGCGAUACCCGAGUCGCCAAACCAUGUGUCGGAUAAGGGCUAUGAGCUUCUUUGCAGCUACAGCUUCAAGUCGUACACCGAUACCCCUACUAUCUACGUUCCCGGUACUCCGCCAAUGUUUACGAAGCCACCCGUCCCGUUGAAACUGGAGCCGGACACAGGGCGCUAUUACAUCGAUCAACAUGUAGCCAAGGUACCGCGAUCUCAGUUUGAACCACUCUUUCAGGCUCUUACCGUUAUGAAGCCAAGCAAGCGUUUCGACGACGUUGAUGUCCUCGUCGCUCGCGGAUCAAUGACCGCGCUCAUUACAUACGUCAAGAAUGUAUCGUGCCAGCCGUUCGCACUGACGCUCCACGUCGUUGGCAAUACUUUGAUCGUGGGGCGAAGGCUUCGAUCUGGUAUGGCUGGCUCUACCAACGGAUCUUACGGGCGUAACUUUGAGGCUGCCUGGACGACGCAACUAGAACCAGAUCUUCAAGAUGCGGAAGGACAUCACCAUACCAUACAGUACGAUUUUGGUGGCCUCAACAUCGUGGUAAGGGCAGAGACAGACGCAUACAUGCCCGAUGAGCAGCCCUCCCGGAACGAAAUCGAGGAAAUGUUGGCGAAAUCCACAUCGUACCCCGAGCCCGAGAUUGCGAACACUACCAUCAGACUCGAAAGCUCUGACUCGACCACCGUGCUUCUGGCAGGAAAGUCGAUCUCUCACAGCAAGACAAUGGAACUAAAGAGCAACAACCAGAGCAAGCCCCUCGAUCAGAUCUGGGUUGGGAGAACUUCGCGGUGGUCUCUUGGUACGAACAAGGAUGGUGUAUUCUCUUCAACCGAGAAGAUCUUCACCCCAGAGGAGAUGAGGAAGAACUACGAGGAUGACAGCAAGCGACAAGCAGCUCUUCGUAAGCUUGUAUGGUUGUUGGGGGAGUUGAAGACAACGGUAAAGGAGAACACGAGCAAUGGGUCUGCCGUGCUUCUCUGCCUGGGAAAGGGUGAGGAGCUGGUGGUGCGCCCGAUGAAGACGCACUUGCCUGCGCUUCCUGAUGCGAUUGUGCAGCGUUUCUGGACCUUGUCUCAUCAGAACGAGAUGCGGGAGUAG